UUUUUUUUUUUUUUUUUUACUCCCUAAAAUACACACAGAUGCCACCAGAGGUUCCAGCUUGUCAAAAAUACGCAUGUGCGAUUCAGGAUUGUCUUUCUAAGAACAAUUACCAAGAAGCUAAAUGUGCAACAGCCUUAGCUGAUCUCGAAAAGUGUUGUAAAGCCUUGAUUGCAAAAGGCGGUAAGAGUGUUUGUUGUCCAGAGAAAAAGUACAAGGGGUGCAUCUAGUGGCUCUUAAAUUUCUUCUAUUUAACACUUAUUAUGGGUUUCUUUCUCUCUUUCUUUCUCUUUAUCUUACUUUCUACUUUAAAUAAAUCAUGGAAAAACUUCAGGCAAACGGACCGUUUCCUACGGAACUUUUGGUAUCCAUAUUUAUCUACACUGACGGUCCCACUUUAUCCUCUUGCAGUCGAGUGUGCCAUCAAUGGUCUAAUGUAAUUGCUCAGUUUGAUCAUGUAAUUUGGCCCCACGCCUGCCACCGAGAUUUCUCCCGACGUAACAUUCACCGUUUCUGGUCUCUUCAAUUUCCCGACCCUAACACCUUUUCUAACCGUCGCUCAUGGCAAGACAUGUACCGCAUCACUCGCAAUUGGUACACCGGCCAUGUCAAGGGAUAUUACCCAACUAUCACCAAUACAAAGCAAGCUCAUCGUAAAGCAUGUGCUGUUGUAGGGUCACCACAAGAACAAGGUAUGUUUACGAGUCUUACUUUGGCUCACGAUGGUCGUGUGGUGCGUUCAAAUCCAAAUUAUCAUCAUCCUACCACCACACACCAACAACAACACCAACACCAACAACAACAGUACCAGCAAAGUCUGAUGCUUCAAUCCCCUUUUACCAAAGAGCGUUCCUUUUUGGAUGCCGCUGUGCGUGCAGAUUUACCAGGUUGGACAGAAGCAGCUCGUGCUCACUCCAUUGUGUGCCAUUUCACACAUCCUUCUUCCAAAUGGCUAGUCACGGGUGGAUUAAAUGGCACUGUCGCAGUAUGGGAUCUCACCACAAAAUCAUUAGUGAGGAUGUGGCACGGACAUCGUGGCCGAGUAUUAUGUAUCAGCAUGAAUGACGAAGCUGUGGUAAGUGGGGGUUCUGAUAGUAUGAUUCGUGUAUGGGACCUAGAUAAGAAUACACAAGAGUGUCACAAUAGACCAACACGACGUGGUAUGAUUGAUAUUUCAUUGUAUCUUUCUGGUCGCAGUGAUUGGUAUCAGGGAGUAGGCGAGAUUGCUGUGAAUGGACAUAUCGUUGCCUGUGCACCGGAUGCAUCUGGCCCUAUCCUCUUAUUUUCACUGCUGACAGGAUCAUUGGUCUACGAAUUAAAAGCGCCAGAAGAAAGUCCUCAUAAUGAAUGGGUGACGGAGGAUAUCACCGCCUUCACUCGAUUGUGUCUUUCUCCCUUCUUUUUAUUGACCAAAGGAAGAGUGCAGCAGUCCAACUCGGCGUCUAUACGAUUAGUGCCUGCCACCAAUGUAGUAACCCAGCGAGCGAUCAAGAGUCCCGGUUAUGUAACUAAAUUAAGCGAUAGUAAAACCGACGGGUUGCCCACUGCGGUUGCGCAGAUGACGCCGUACCAAUUAUAUCAAUAUUAUCAAUCCGUAAACCCCACAGUGGACCCUGUACCGCCUACUGUGAGUGCAUGUAUAAAUGUAUGGAAUUUACAGACAGGUAAAAUUGCCUAUCGAUUAGUGCCGACGUUGGAGACUCCUUCACAACAUUACACAAUCACAGAUGUAAAGAUCUCUCCAGACUCUUCAAAAGUGUUUGCUACCAUUGAAGUGCGAGCACAAAAACAGUAUGAUGAACGUGUCUACUGUUGGGAUUUCUCUCAUCGAAACAAUGAACAAGAUUUUGAUCUGACUGAAUUGGAUGAUAUUGAUCCCGUCUUGAGAAAAACAGGCAAAUCUUGGGUCUGCUUCAUGUAAAAUUAUUUGUUUUUCUUUUCUUUCCUUAUCAUUUUGUAAAUAUUACCACACACACACACACACGCACACAUAUUUUAAAAAUAACUAUAAAAAAAACAAAUAAAU